AGGUUAUGGACAUUCCCUCUACCAGGCCAGCUAAUACUCAUUCUGCUCAACAAAUUUUUUUAGCUUGGUGGGAAAACGUUAGUUGAUGUAUUCAAGCACACAUUGACAGGUAUCAUUUGUUGAAACAUUUGGAAAACCUAUUUCAGUAUUAUUUGGGGUUCUAUGUCUGCGGAUCCUAAUCUGCACACUUAAUCUUGGAUGCUUAGCCUUUCUUAUCUGAAGCUUUGAACUAUUGGUAAGGUUCUUUAUGAGGAGAAACUUAUACCUACUAAUUAGUCUCUGUCCAAAAAGAUUUUUAAACCCAUUUGAUGGAUUAAGCCAAGAUUUAAACUGAAAUUGAACAUUGGUGCUUCAUUUUUACCUGGACAAGCCUCGGGUGGAGCAAUUUUCAGAGAUAUCAAUGGCAGAUUGAUCGUUGCAGCUAGAGAUGGCAAUUUUGUCCGACCCGUUGGAUACCCGCACCGAACCGAUUUGGUCAAAAUGGGGAAAACCGGUUUGACUGGGAAGGGGUAUGGGGCGGGGAAUACCCGAUUUUUUAAAUGGAUAAUGGUGCGGUUAUGGUUCUAUACUAAUCCGUAACAUUAUUAAUAAAUUCUAACUCUUUAUAUAUAAGAAUAAUAAUCAGUAUAUGUGCUAAAUUGUGUACACUAAAUCAUAUAUAUUAUAUAAGUAUAUAAAAAAUAAUACACCACAGGACCAAAACUUUUUUAUGUGAAGGAUUACUAUUUUUUGAAGUGUGGAACAUUAAUUUGAUGGUGUAAUGAAUUUAGGCCUAAAACUGUUUUUUCGAAGGAUUACAACUUUUUUUGGCCUAAAACUAAAUUUAGGCCUAAACUUGCUGAUAGAGUAUUAAUUCUAAAGAGAAGUGAGAUCUAGAGAGAGAAAGUGAGUAAUUAUAUUUCUCCACCCCCUAUAACUAGCCCCAAGGGGUCUAUUUAUAGGUAAAAAUGUGGACUUGGGCUCCUAGCCAUGGGCUUAGGAGGCCCAUUACAAUAAUCAUGCCUUCUUUGGGCGAAAUAGGGCCACUAAUGGGCUGAGUACAAUACUUAGUAAAUAAAGUGAAGAGAUGUAUUCUGCCCGAACGAAGCCUGGCAGAUGUGGUGCCUUUCGGCCGAUACGGUCCCAUGGCCGAUGCGGUCCAUGGGCCGAUGCGGCCCCAGAAGCCCAACAAUGUGUGCUUCCAGACCCGGUUGAGUUUCCGGCCGAUGCGGGCCCCCACGGGCCGAAGGGGGCCGCGUGAAUGUUUUUCUGGCCAUAGUUGACUUGAGUAUGCGGGCCAUGGGGUCCAGGCCCAUAUACUCUAUCAGGAGUCCCCCACUCUCUGAGCUGAGGUGAAGCCGAGGCGAAAGGGAGUACUUGUUCCUUCCCGGCUGGCCGUUGUGUGAGCCUAAGGUGCUUGGUGGCCGAAGAGGUUCUGUUUUGAUUUUGGAUGAAGCGGUUUCCUUUUUUUAUGUAGACGAAACGCGUUUGAGGAUUCAUAAUCUUGAUGCGGGCCGAUGCGCUCCGGUGGGAGUGUUUUGAGGACGAGACGGCGCGCUUUCUUUUCUCGUAGAUGUGAUGAACUCUGGUGUGGGUAAGUUGGCCUGCUUUCAUCGCCAUUUUUGUUGGGGCCGAAGAGCUCCCAUCUAUUCUUUGGCCGUAGCGAUAACAUAGUUUUAUGUAGUGAAGGUGAUUGAUUCUGUCUGUGGACGAUGCGGGCCGCGCGUCUUUGACUUGCCAUGCAGCCGUAGCGUUUUGACUUGUGGGUUCUUGCCUUGGUGAGCCGACGCAGUCCCCCCAGUGUACGUAGCCGUUGCGCGCUCGAUUUUGCUUUUUGGGUUUCUAAUUUCUGGGCUAUGUAGCCGAUGCGAUCCUCAGUGCUUUUGAGGUGAAUUGUGUCUUGUUGGUGAGCCAUGGCGAAUUCUUUGUGCAUUGAAGCCGUUGCGCUUCCAUUUAUGUUGUUUUCCUUUUCCUGUAGCCGAUACAGUCCCCCAGUCCCCUACUCCUUUGGUAGAAGAGUAUUUGAGGCACAAGGGAGUCAUGAUGUUCCCGGGCCGAUACGGUACCCCAUGCGUUAGUCGUGAGUCCAACCCUCAGGCAAACCUGUCCAAGGUAACCCUGUGGGAGAACCCUUGGACGAAGGCCGCAAUACCAGGGUCAUCAUCAAACGAUGUGCGUGUGAGCAGCCAUAGCGGUACCUGUGGUUCUUAGGGUUGCUUUUGGGGCUGUAGCGCGUUUUGACUGAUGCGGCCAUUCCUUUGAUAAGUUGGCCCGUUGCGGUUUAUCCUUGCUUUUGAGUGAGUAGGCCGGUGCCCACCCUAGUUUUGGCUUGUUCGGCCGUAGUGGUGGCCUUAGAGUGGAAUGUGAAAAGACGGGCACUGAUUGGUCCUAGGAGAGGCGCCGUUGAGGUGGCCAAUUGGAGAUUGCCACGUGUAGUGAACGUUGGAGGGUGUGCCUAUAAAUACCCCUAAACCCCGAGGCGGUACUUCAUUUGCAACCUUGCUGAGCAACGAAGUGCUGUCCAAUUUUUUAGAGAGAGAAACUUCCGGAGCGUUUCUUCAGGUCUUCAUCAACUUUUUCCAGAUCUUCAAAUCUUCCAAGGUCAGUUUCUUCCUUGUUCUUUGUUAUUUUCUCAUACUUUGCUUCCUAGGGGGUACGAUCUAGUGUUUGUAGGAAAACUCACUUAGAUCCGAAAACCACCCUUAGGAUUAGGUUUUAGAUGUUAUGCCGUUUCCUGACGGCCGUAGCGCUCCCUCCCCCAUUGAUUUGACAGCCUCGUUGGACGAAGAGGAUUGGCCCUUCGACGAGGACGAUACGUCUCCUGGAGUUGAUUUGCGAUUGAUUGAAGCCUUUGAGGUCGAAAUGGAAAAUACAGCCGACUAUCGUACUUCUGUGGACGAGGAGAGGUUGAGUGCCGAUGCGGGAGCGCAUCAUUCUGGUGAAGUCGAGGCGACAUCCAGCUCGCCUCUAAGGGGGGACGAGGCAUCCUCUUCUGCCAACAUUCCUUGCCCUCCGCCGAUAUCGUCCGUAGCGGGGGAAGGCGCUUCAGCUCCGGAGACGAAGAAAACAUACCGGCGGAAGCAGCGUAAGGGAGUACCGCAGGGGCACUCGCAGCUUGACCUCAGUAAUCUGUAUAUCAUUCGGCCGGAGGGGUUCCUCGGCGAGUACCACGUUGCUCAGUUGUACGUGGGGCCCUAUGGACGGGUGCGGGCGCCAAAGCCGACGGAUCACGUGUUGAGCCCCCCUUUGGGUUAUUUUGGGAUAUACCCAAUGAGUUUUGCGAUGGGUUUGCAGUUCCCUCUCCAUCCUUUCAUCAAGGAAUACCUCGAUAUGGUGAGUCUACCUCCGGCCUUGUUGACCCCCAAUAGCUACUCGCUCAUCGUCGGCUUCCUUAUCCGUUGCGAGGAGUUGGGCUUCUCGCCGACGACUGCGCUAUUCACGAAUUUGUACCGAAUAGGCCGAGGGAGCCAUCAGAAUUGCGCCGGUUAUGCUGCCUUACAUCAGGUUCCCAAGAGGAGGAUGUUUACAGACCUUCCUUCGUCUAUCCAUGUUUGGAAGGCGAAGUUUGUCUUUGUUAACCUUGGCCGGGGCGGUUUCUUCCCUUCUGUGGGUCAUAGCGGCCUUUUCGAGUUGCAUAAUCCUCCGUGGAAUGCCGAGAUCAGUAGGCAAGUAGAAGCUUUCAUCAAGGGCGGGCCGAGGAGCAUAACAACGUACAUUACGGAGUAUAAGAUGGCCGCCCUCGGCUUCGUGAGAUACUACUGUCCUGGUGAUGUGGACGAUGGCUUCUGGCCGAAGAUGGAGGGGUCAUAUGAACAGGCCGACGGUCCCUCACUUGGUGUUCCCGCUGAAGCCGAAGGUUUUGAGAUGGAUUGUAUGUCUUUCAUGGCUCGGGCUGCAAAGAAGGCCGAUGCGGAACUGAAGGCCGCCCAGGCCGCUGAGGAGGCCAAGAAGUCAGCCAGUGGUUCUCAGAGUGGCGCCGAAGCCGUCAAGAAGCCCGUGGCUAAGAAGAAGAGCAAGAGGGCCGUCGAUGAGGGCCAAAAGACUCUGGCCGAAGCUGGCCUGAAUGUGGUGCAAGCCCCAAAGAAGACGAAGAAGAACGAUGGGGCCGGUGCUCCCUCCGCCCCAAUUGCUGAGGCUGCUUCAGCCAAGACCCUUCCCCUGGUAGAUCUGGAUGAGGGGCCCUCUUCGGCCAUGAUCGCCGCGGCUUCCCGCGUAGUUCCCUCUACGGCCGCUGCUGCCCGCCUAGAGGAGGCCCUUGCCAAGGGAACGUACGAGGUCACCGUACGUUACCCCGUUAAAGGCGGGCUUUUUAAUGAAACCGUCAGUGGCGAUGAUGUGCUUGCUCAGGCUAUGCCUGAGUAUGACCGGCAGUACCUCAGCCGGCAAGGCAAGCAUGUCCAUUUGUACGAUGGGGGGCUGGACUACGUCGUCCAGGGUGCCCUGAUGCUGAGGGAGCAACACUGGAGGCAGGAGGCUGAGAUAGAGCGCCUGAGGAAGGUGGAGGCGAAGGCCGUCUCGGCCGAUGAGGCCCUCCAAGACCUUAGGGACAAGGCCAAGGCAGCGGAGGACGAGAUGAAGCUCCUCCAAUGCCAGCUCAAUGAUGCCGAGGCGGCCCGGAAGAAGGCCGAUGAAGCUGCUGCUGCUGCUGUCAAUAGAGCCGCGGAGGCUGAGAGGCUUAAAGCUGAGGCGGAGAGGGCUGCUGAGAAGGCCGUAGCCGACUUCACGGUCGAGGGGUGGAAAGCCGAAGAUCAGAUCCCCUUCUGCUACAAGGUGGUGGCCGAGAGGCUCACGGAUUGGGUGACAAAGGAUCCUGCCGGCGAGGACUUCUGGAUGAACGAGACGCAAGCCUUCUACAACUGCGGCCAGUACAGGAUGCAGAGGCUGAUUUACAGGAAGCUUCGUCGUCGCUUCCGGAAGAUGAGGCCGAGGGUUUUGAGUCUACCCCGGGGGAUGAAAAAUCUUGAUGAGGAUAUGAAGCUCCCCCGUUGGAGAGGCAGCCUCCGAUCCUUAGUUCGGACGAGGGGAAGCAUCUUGGAGCGACAGCGACGACUAUCUACUCAAAGGCCCAGCGGACUCCAAGGCCGGUGAGGAUGGUGGAGAUGAUGAUGCCGGUAGCGGCAACGGAGAGGACGCUGCCCAAAGUAAGGACCAAGCCGAUGCGGUGGCAUAGUUUGUAUUUUAGUUGACUGUAGAGGCCGCAGUCCUGAAUUAUAUGUAACGGCCGAUGCGCCCUCCUUUUGUACCUUUUAAAAAAUUAAUGAACUCCUUUUUGCCUCAGUAUGAAUGUGUUGUUGCUUCGUCUGUGUCGCCUUGCAUUUGUAUGUGUUUAUUUCGCGAUUUUUACCAAGUGUCAGAAUUGCAUACACCCCGGUUUGAUUGAGACAAAGCGUUUCUUCGUCUAUGUAUUUACGUAGAUUGUUUUCCUUGGAAUUUUCCUAAGUUUGGGCCCCCCAAAUAUACCUUGUUUGCCUAAGACGAUGCGAACCUCCAACCGGGUGUCUCAUGAGGACGAUGUGGGUGGUACAACGUCUUGGGUAUGUUUGUUGUGGGGAUGGUGUGUCCCUUCGUCUGGGGUGAGGCCUGGCCCAAAUGUCUUGGAAUCUUUCCAAGUAUCCAAUUGUCUCCCAAGUGUCAUGCGUCGGCUAUUGUUUUCUCCGAGGUUUUUGCAACCAUGUGAUUUCCCUUGGUUCUCGUCAUACCUAGUAUUGUUGCUUAUGGAGACGAAGCGUCUCUUCGUCUUUGGCAUUUAAACUUAGAAUUUUCCCGAGAACCUCUCCUUUUAACGGGGUAGGUUUUCCUUGUGUUAUGGCCGGAGCGGGGUCACCGGGUUUAUGCUUUGAGCAAUUCCCAAGUUGGGACGACGCGUGUACCGUCGGGUUCCUGUAUGGUAAACCUGAAGUGUUAAAGACGGAGCGAGGCCCGGAUGUAGCAUGGGUAACGCAUUGAGGCCGGCGAGUGCACAGUCCGUCGGCUUCCCUUUUUUUGGGUGGCCGAAGGGUUACUGUCCCUUCGUCCAUGUGCGGUAGUUUGUCCGCUGCGCGUUUCACGUGGGUUAGUGUGAGGGAGUAAAUACGCCCUCGGCUUGGUGUGUCAGUGGCAUCUUUUUUGGCCUUUCCAAGUCUAUCGGCGACGCGGGAUCGGACUGGCUAUCGUCUUUUGACGGCCGCCCUUUGUGGUCCUGAGUGAAAUUUUACUGACGGGUGGAGUUUUUGUAACCUCAGCCUUAAUUCAGGCCUGUCGUCUUGCGGUUUCCGCGCGGACGACGCGGUAUGCUUCUCCGUUUGAAGACGUCGGACCAUGCACACAGGUCCUUCGUCCUGCAUAUCGCCGGCCGAUUUGGGUGUUUCACCGCUUGUGCCGAUACGAUAUUUAGGUGCGUUUGUCGAUGCAACGGAUUUGUAGGUGCGUUGUGGGUUGCAACGGCCUUAGGUGCGUUGUUUAUUGCAACGGCUUUGGGUGCAUUGUUUAUUGCAACGGCUUUAUGUGCGUUGCUUAUUGCAACGGCUUUGGGUGAGUCGUUUAUUGCGAUGGCUUUAGGUCGCAUCGGUCCUGGGUGUUAUCACCGCUUAGGCCGAUGCGGUCCUUAGCUUUUCCUUUGAAAGAAUAGAUUGAAACAUGAUCUUUAUUCAAUAAGUGGCGCUAGGCCGAGGGUGUUUCAUUCAACCAAUAAGCCGAGGGGUGGGGGACGUUGCCCACUUCACCACUUCUCGAGUUAUUGGUAAAAUUUCACCAGAUGGUGUACAUUCCACAAUCGUGGUACAUCUAACCCAUUAGGGUUCUUUAGUCUAUAGGUGCCGGCUUUGAUGACAGCGCUGAUGAUGUAGGGCCCUUCAAAUUUGACGGCGAGCUUUCCUCCUUCCGUUGGUUUACUUGCUUCCCUUCGGCAGAGGACGUAGUCCCCCACUUGGAAUUCGCGAGAGCGGACCUUGGCAUCGUAGUAGGAUUUGACUUGUCGUCUGUAGUUCUCCGCUCUGAGGUAGGCCAUUUCUCGUCUCUCGUCGAUGAGGUGUAGGUCCACCUUCAUGGUUUCUUCGUUGGCCUCGGGGUCGUAUUGUGUGACCUGUCGGCUGGGAAGCGUCACCUCAGUGGGAGCCUUGGCUUCGAAGCCGUAACAAAGGGAGAAUGGUGUCUCCCCGGUGGCCCUCCUCGGCGUAGUGCGGUAGGACCAUAGGACGUUGGGGAGCUCGUCGGCCCAACUUCCGCCUUCUUCCUCGAGCUUCUUCUUUAGCCCCUCCAAGAUGGUUCUGUUGGCAUUCUCAACUUGACCGUUGGCCUGAGGGUAGGCGACAGAGGAGAAACGGUGUUUGAUGCCCCAUUCUUGGAGGAGGCUUUGGAACGGUUCGGCUUCAAACUGGGUGCCGUUGUCCGAUAUGAUCUUUUGUGGCACGCCGAAGCGGGUGAGGAUGUUCUUGUACAUGAACUUUCGACACCGCACCCCGGUGAUGCUUGCGAGUGGCUCGGCCUCGACCCAUUUGGUGAAGUAGUCGAUGGCGACGAUGAUGUAUCUGUUGUUGCCUGCAGCUCUUGGUAGUGGGCCGACAAGGUCAAUGCCCCAUCUGGAAAAUGGGAUGGCAGUGCUGACCGG